CCUACCCCUCUUUUAAAAAAAAAAAAAAAAAAUCUUCGCCAAAAAUCGAACUUUUUAUCUAUAAAUACAGCCAGCAACCCGCGCAUCGUCCUGUCGUUUGUUGGAUCUAUCCAUUUGUCUACCCACCUUCUUCCCCUCUAACUUGUUUCUCUCUCCAAAGAAAUGGCGCGCAAGAAGAUCAGAGAGUACGACUCCAAGAGAUUGUUAAGGGAGCACUAUAAGAGACUCUCUGGCAAAGAGUUGCCUAUCAAAUCUGCACAAGUUACACAGUCAACUGAUUUCAAUGAGCUUGUGGAGAAGGAACCUUGGCUUUCAUCUUCCAAAUUGGUUGUGAAACCUGACAUGUUGUUUGGAAAGCGAGGGAAAAGUGGUUUGGUUGCCUUGAACCUGGAUUUGGCACAAGUUGCUUCAUUUGUGAAGGAGCGUCUAGGCAAAGAGGUUGAGAUGAGUGGAUGCAAAGGACCCAUAACUACUUUCAUUGUUGAACCUUUCAUCCCGCACAAGGAAGUUUACCUUAACAUUGUCUCCAAGAGGCUUGGAAACAGUGUAAGCUUUUCAGAAUGUGGAGGAAUUGAAAUUGAAGAAAACUGGGAUAAGGUUAAGACUAUAUUUGUUCCAACCGGAAUUUCUCUUACUUCAGAAAUUGUUGCCCCACUUGUGGCAACCCUUCCAUUGGAGAUCAAGGGAGAAAUUGAGGAGUUUCUCAAGUUAGUUUUUGCUAUAUUUCUUGAUUUGGAUUUCACUUUCCUAGAAAUGAACCCAUUCACAUUAGUUAAUGGAAAGCCUUACCCAUUGGAUAUGAGGGGUGAGCUAGAUGACACUGCUGCUUUCAAGAACUUCAACAAAUGGGGAGACCUUGAAUUUCCAUUGCCAUUUGGAAGGAUUAUGAGCCCCACAGAGAGUUUCGUUCAUGAAUUAGAUGAAAAGACAAGUGCAUCUUUGAAAUUCACAGUGCUGAACCCAAAGGGCCGGAUUUGGACAAUGGUAGCAGGGGGAGGUGCUAGUGUGAUUUAUGCUGAUACGGUAGGAGACCUUGGCUAUGCAUCUGAGCUUGGAAAUUAUGCGGAAUAUAGUGGGGCACCAAAGGAAGAGGAAGUGUUACAGUAUGCUAGAGUAGUAAUUGAUUGUGCAACUGCAAAUCCUGACGGCCAAAAAAGAGCCCUUGUGAUUGGAGGGGGAAUAGCUAACUUUACUGAUGUUGCUGCUACAUUUAGUGGCAUAAUUCGAGCAUUGAAAGAGAAGGAAGCAAAGUUAAAAGCGGCAAGGAUGCACAUAUAUGUGAGGAGAGGAGGCCCCAACUACCAGAAGGGUCUUGCUAAAAUGAGAGCACUUGGAGAGGAGAUUGGAAUCCCCAUUGAGGUUUACGGACCAGAAGCAACAAUGACCGGAAUAUGCAAAGAGGCAAUCCAGUACAUCACUGCCGCUGCUUGAUCAUCCUAAAUUUCGAUGAGUACCUUAUUUUGUGUGUAUUUUCAUGGCAAGUCUGGAAAUGAUUGAUGAUUCUUGGUUUCUAUUUGAAUUCCUAGAACCCAGAAAUUUAGUGAAGUAGAGCACAGGUUUAUACGAAUUCAGCCAUUAAAAAAUUGUGGCCGGAAUGUUUCGUAUCUUAUUAUGAAAUGAAUGAGAACUUCCUUGACAAAAUAAA